GCGACAACCGUGUUGACCACGACCGUGACCAUGGCUGUGAAACCCGCUAUCUCCCUCUUUCUCUGCCAGCUAUGUCCUCGUCGUUUCGCUCGAAAAGUGAUUGAAGUCUGGGUCCUAGCUAGAAGAGGCCUGUAACAUGAGUAGCGGCGACUUCGAGGUCCGGUGGCCAAACUUCCAGCUCUCCCGCCGCGUCUCCAAACUGUUUCGCUCGUUCACGGGUAGCGGCAAUGCUCCAACUGCGGACUACAGCUACUAUGAACUGAGCAACCUUGACGAAGCGUCCGAGGUCCCUACAGAUGCGGAGCGGGAGACAUUGAGGAGGAUCGCUGAUGCUGUCCCGUGGAACGCGUUCCUCAUUGCUUUCGUGGAACUCGCAGAGCGGUUCUCCUACUAUGGAACCACUGUUGUCUUUACCAACUUCAUCCAGCAGCCCCUCCCUCCCGGAUCUCGCACAGGUGCCGGAUAUGCCAAUGGUCAAUCAGGGGCUCUCGGUCUCGGCCAGCGUGCCUCUACGGCGAUCGGCAUGCUGAACUCAUUCUGGGUCUACUUCAUGCCUCUACUUGGCGCAUACAUAGCGGAUACACGCUGGGGCAGAUUCAAGACGAUCUGUGUCGCCGUAGGCAUCGCGCUCGUUGGCCAUGCUAUCCUUGUAGUCGCGGCACUCCCGGGAGUGAUCGAACACCCGAGACUAGCUCUGACAUAUUUCAUCGUCGCCCUCGUGGUCAUGGGUGUCGGAACAGGUGGCUUCAAGUCAAACAUCUCGCCGUUGGUAGCGGAACAGUACAAACAGACGAAGCUAACCAUCACCACCACUGCGAGCGGCGAGCGAGUGAUCUUAGACCCUGCAAUGACGACGGCUAGAAUAUACAUGUACUUCUAUCUAUUUAUCAAUAUUGGAGCUCUAUUCGGACAAAUUGUUAUGACCUACUCGGAAAAGUACGUUGGCUUCUGGCUCGCCUUCGUCCUACCCACGCUCGUUUUCCUCCUUUGUCCCCUCGUUCUCUUCAUCGGCAGGAAUAGCUACGUACGGUCACCUCCAUCUGGGUCGAUCCUCGGCACUGUCUUUCACAUGUUCCGCUUCUGCAUGCGCGGCAAGUGGUCUCUCAACCCUCUUGCGACCUAUCGGCAUAUGUCUGUGCACGACUUCUGGGACCGUGCAAGGCCGGGGAGUUGCCCUCCUGGAGCGAAGCGACCGGAAUGGAUGAACUAUGAGGAUGGGUGGGUAGAUGAGGUUAUCAGGGGCGUGCAGGCGUGCAAGGUCUUCCUGUGGUACCCGGUAUUCUACUUGUCGCUGAACCAACUAAACAACAACCUCAUAUCCCAGGCCGCGACGAUGGAGACCCACGGAGUGCCCAACGACAUCCUCUCGAACCUCGACCCGCUCUCGCUGAUCAUCCUCAUCCCCAUCUUCGACGUCGCCGUCUACCCCUUCCUCCGCCGGCGGCGCGUGCGUCUCACGCCGCUCCGCAAGAUCACCGCGGGCUUCUUCGUCGCGUCGCUGGGCAUGACCUACACCGCGCUCGUGCAGCACCGCAUCUACACGACGAACCCCUGCGGGUACUUCGUCGCGACGUGCGCGGACGAGGCCGGCACGCGGGUGACGAGCAGCGUGAACGUGUGGGUGCAGACGGGGAGCUACGUGCUCAUCAGCGUGAGCGAGGUGCUCGCGAGCGUGACGGGCCUCGAGUACGCGUACACGAAGGCGCCGAAGGACAUGCGGAGCCUGGUGAUGGCGGUGUUUCUGUUCAUGAGCGCCGUUGCGAGUGCGGUGGGCGAGGCCUUCGUCGCGCUCUCGGCGGACCCGCUCCUGGAGUGGAACUACAUAAUACUGAGCGCGCUUUCGGCUCUGGCUGGGAUACUGUUCUGGCGACAGUUCCGGGACCUUGAUGCUCGUGAAGACGAGCUGAACAGUCUCGGGGAGGACGUAACGCCUCCUGCUCUUGUCGCUGAGGAUUGACGACUGUACAUUCAGCUUCUAGAUACAUUUCUUGGUGCAACGACUACAAAAGAUCCCUGGAAUAUGGUCUCUGUGUACUGGUCAGAACGGUUUCCUGCGUUCAGCGCGCGCUCGCUGGAAAUGGAUGUCACUAAGCG